UUGAUUUAUAUCUCAUUUGGUCAAUUCGAGGACUGGUGCUUGCGAUUGGCAAGAGGAGUCUCUUCUAUCUCUACGUAUAUAUGUGGUGAAACUGGCUAGGUAAAUAUUUAUUUUACCCACGCCUUCGGAGAGUACACCGUAAAUGCCAUUCUGUAAGAGAAUACAUGGCUUUAUAGCUAGAUUAGUCUAUCAAUUGGGUAUGGAACCUCCUAUCCAUUUAUUUUCCCGGGCAUAAUAACAACUAGGGCCGGUUGAAUCCCCCGUAACCGUAUGCCUGCUGCUCGUCGUGUCCCGAUUGCUUCUCGGCGGUUUCCCCGCCCGUAGCUUUCAACCCAAUGUCAACGUCCUGUACUCCUCCCAACGCUCUCACCACCAGCCAUUUAUUCAUCACAUCAUCUGUACAAUAUCACAUCUAUCAUCGUCUGCUAUUGAUUUCCUAUUUAUCGCUGCCUCUGUACAUAAUCAUGGCUUAAUCGGGCUCCCCCAUCUUCGUCACUCUUUACGCCACAACCACCCACCACCAUGCGCCCAAACACCACCACUUCGACUUCCCCGCUUAUAGUCUUCGACAGCAGGAUGUCCGUGAAAGAUAUAACCGCCGCCUUCACAAAGGCCAGUUCAGUCCUGAACACCGGCCAGCUCGUCAAGGAUGAAUUCUUCACGCUAUUUGAGGCAGUGGGGGCGCUAGAGAUCAUGGAUGAGAAAAUGGACAGCGGAUACCUGGCGCCCGGCGAAACACUAGAUGACGACUACGACGUCCGGCGGCAGCUACUCCCAGCGGAAGUCUUGGGGAUUAUGGACCAACUCUUGAGCCAUGAGGUUGCCUGGCAUUCCGGCCAUCCCCUCCCACAGACGCUGUUUACUUCUAUAUACCUCGAUCGGAUGCUGUGGCCCGUUCCCAAGUCAUUGGAGGAGGCGAGGUUUGACCGUUCGGCUAGUAAGCAGCAGGCGAACUCGGAUCAUAGGAGUGAAGAGGAAAGGCAGGGGAAAGCGGAGGGCUGUUCUGAGGGCCAAUGGGAUGAACUCGUCAAUCUUGUGUUGAGGGCGUAUUGCUUGGCCCUCAUUAAGGCGUGUGACCGUGUAAACUACAAAGUCAGCUCGGAGUAUUUUCAUGAGGAAGAGGAUUUCGUCACACAGCUCUAUAACCGCAGUUUGCUCGCCGAUGUCGAAUCAGCGAGUAUCCAGGCCAUUCUCGACGAUGCCCUGUUCUGGCUGGAAACGCAGAGGCAGGAACAAAAGGACACCAUUGACAACGCUCUCUUCGAAGCUCUCGUCCACCGUCUUCUAUUCCGCCGAGAGCUCCUCUCUGGUCUAGAUAUGGAUACGGUGCCUGCCAAACAGCGGUCCACGCAGCCCUUCCUGGCCGCUCUUCGUCAACUUGGUAGAAUCGAGAAGUCGAUGCACCUGGGCAAACCGGUGCCAGAGGCGUUUAGCUUGAAGAUCCAGCGCCGGUUGGCAAGUACCGUGCCACCUAGGCCGAUGGUUCAUGUUAGUGCCGCAGAUGCUAUUGCGCACAUGACGCGGUUUUGUCAGGAUGCGGUGGAUGUGCAGCAGAUUUUGGAAUAUCGGGGGCCUUAUAAUUUACAGACAUUGGUUUGGACGUUGCAAUCUCGCAAACCGCAGCCAUGCGUCUAUAUCCGAUCUCUUGUUCAGUCGCUUCUCGUACAUGAUAUGGAGAUCUUAGGCUCGGUGGCUGUGAAAGAUUUCUUCUUUGAUAGUCUUGCUGAACUUGUCUUGCCCUAUAACCAGCUGCUGGACCGCAAGAAUGAGGAAGUGGAGGCACCGUCGGAUUCCCGGUUUCAGAUCGCAAAGCAUAUGAAUAAUUUCGUUAAAAAGGCUGCUCAGCCGUUUGUCGAUACCUAUCGGACUGCGUGCUUGAAUCGGUGUCGAGUUCGCCGCACGCUCUGCCACUCCAUUAUUGAUUGGGAUGCGCUACAGGCAGAGGCCGAAGAUUUCGAUGUCCAUCUGCGCACUUUAACUUUGGAGCCACACAUUAUCCUCCAUGGCAGCGAACCCACCUACGCCUAUCCGCUAAGUAGCUGGGCAUAUCAUGAAAAGCUCCGCCAGCUCCGUCUCAUCCUCCAACUGGGCUUCGAACUUUCGAUAUACUCCCCCGAAGAAAUGCCAGGGAUGUACUGGUACCUUUCGCACCUCUGCUCAACACAUCUCGCUCACCUCGAUCGCAUCCGUUCUUGUGUACUAGCUGCAAAUAAGAGAACCGCACCAUCCCCAUCACAAACACAAAUGCAACAAAACCCUAAAUCGAAUUCCAACGCGACCGCUGCAGAGCAGCACCGACAGGCCUUCCAGAAAACAAUCUCCCUGCUCGACAGACUCACAACCGAACUCAUCGCCAUCGACGCCUUCGCCAUCGCCUUGCACGCCCUUUACGUCCUCCUAGCCCGCCACCAGCUACUCCCAUCGAUAUACCUCCCCUCCUCCACUCUCUCCGCACAUAAACAGACGCAGACCCAAAGACAGCACCCCACCUACUCCUCCGACCGUCUCCGCUACGAACUACGCAUGAAACCCUUCCUUGCCAUCCCGCUACCGGAGCUUGUCCCCUUCGACACCUUCGAGCAGGAGGCGGGGUUAGUCGGGGAUAGCGACGCCGUCGUUCUGGAGAGGGCGUUGCGGGCCGUUGCGGAGGCGAAAAGGGGGAUCGAGAAGUGUUUGGCGGCCGGCGCGUUUUUGGAAGUUGGGGUCGAUCGCGCUGGCGAGCAGGAUGGUGAUGCUGGUGACAACGACGACGAUGACGACGACGACGUUGGUGAGAAAGCGAGUAAGAGCAAACCGAACAAGCUGGACGGAAAGGAUAAGUGUGCCAAUCCAGAAACUGAACCUGAACCCGCACCCCGACUGCUCCAGGAUGACUGGAUAGGUGAUAUGAAAGAUUCGCUGCGCGCGUGUAUUGGGGCGAGCAUUGCCAUUGGCACGGUGAAGAAGGCUAUUUCUGCUUCGAGCGAUGAAAAUGGUGAUCAACGGCCGAAACUGAAUCUAUCCGUUGACGUCCCACCUGUUGGCUCGAAGGGGCGCUGGCAUGAUUGGUGGGCUGUGCCGCGUGUUUCAGAGGUAUUGCCGGUGCGAAGCUUUGGGGGGUAGAGGGGUGUGCAUUGAAAUGAGCAAAUGUAUGGGUUAGUUAGAUGCGGGAUGUUCCUUCUGGGAGAGUGGACAUGAGUUGUUUCUCCUUUUUUUCUCCCUUCCACAAUCAGGGUAUCGUUGGAGUGGGAAUUGGGGAUUAAUUUGGCGACCGAUUUUAGGGCUUAAUCUGUGAUUUUCAUCUAUUUUAUUUCCAUUUGACUCUACUUGUAAUCGCCUUUUCGGCUACAUCGGAUAUAACAGAAGUUUUAAGUCAUAAUCUGAUGUAUUGACAACAUUAACUAGUUAGUUCCAUAUUGAAAUAUACUGUACAAUGCGCCAGCAGUGAUAGAGCAUGGCGAUAAUCGGUACUAUCCAGGCAGGCAAUCAAUUAUAUUACUGAGAUUCCGCAUGUUUAUUUUGCCAUGAGAGCAGAAGGGUAGCAACGCAUGUCGCCGAUCUCC